UCCCGGAGGCCGGCAGGGCUCGGUCCUGGAGUUCUCGAGCCGGAUUGCUUCCCCGAAGGCCCGGCGGAGCGAUGAUGCCGAGCAGCAGGACCCGGGAGGAGGUGGACGCCACGCUGCAGAUCGCCAAGCUGAACGCGGCCGAGCUGCUGCGGCCCGUGCACUGCCUGCGCUUCGGGGCCAGCGCGCGCGGCGCGGACGCCGGAGACUUCUGCCUGCUGGAGCUGGACCCCGCGCUCUGCCCGCAGCUGGAGGCCGGCCACAGUCUGGUGAUUCGUGGGGAUAAGGACGAGCAGGCUGUCUUGUGCAGUAAAGACAAAACCUAUGACUUGAAAAUAGCAGACACUUCCAACAUGUUGCUUUUCAUUCCUGGUUGUAAAACACCUGAACAGCUGAAGAUGGAAAGCACCCCCAGAGACAUUGUUCACGCUGAGAUCUUUGGUUUUUCCAAUAAUUAUUGGGAGUUGAGAAGAUGUAGACCUAGGUUAAAGAAACUAAAGAAACUGUUGAUGGAAAAUGCCUAUGAAGGCCCGGACAGUCAAAAAGAAAAGGAGUCAAAUCGCUCUAAGUAUACAACAGAAGAUUUGCUUGAUCUAAUUCAGGCAAGCGAAGAAGAAAUCAUGACCCAAUUACAAGUUCUAAAUGCCUGUGAGAUUGAAGGUUACUGGAGGAUUCUUGAAUUUGAUUAUGAAAUGAAGCUUCUGAAUCAUGUGACUCAACUUGUGGAUUCUGAAUCUUGGUCUUUUAGUAAAGUUCCUUUGAAUGUGUGCCUUCAGGAACUUGGGCCUUUGGAGCCAGAGGAGAUGAUUGAACACUGCCUUAAAUGUUAUGGAAAGAAAUAUAUAGAAGAAGGUGAAGUUUAUUUUGAACUGAGUGCUGACAAAAUAUGCAGAGCAACAGCCCAAAUGCUACUGCAGAAUGCAGUGAAAUUUAACCUCAGUGAGUUUCAAGAGGUGUGGCAACAGAGUGUUCCUGAAGGAAUGGUAACCAACCUUGAUCAGCUUAAGGGGUUAGCCUUGGUGGAUAGACACUCCAGGCCAGAAAUCAUAUUUUUGCUUAAAGUAGAUGACUUACCUGAGGGUAAUCAGGAGCGUUUUAAUAGUCUCUUCUCUGUACGGGAGAAGUGGACGGAGGAAGAUAUUGCUCCAUAUAUCCAAGAUUUGUGUGGGGAGAAGCAAACCAUAGGCACAUUACUUACUAAAUAUUCUCGAUCUUCGAUGCAAAAUGGUAUCAAAGUUUAUAAUUCAAGAAGACCCAUAUCUUAAAAGAACACGUUUUUUGGGACUAUUAUUGCUUUAUAAAAUUGCUCGUUAUGAGAAAAUUAUUUUUUUUACGUGUAUCACAAGCUUUAAAAGUCCGGUAUUUUGAAGCAUUUUUCUCGUAAGCAUUUUGAAAUGCCACCCUUCUUUUUUCUUAACCAUAGCAGGAUAUUUUUAUGCUUUUCAGGUUGUUUAUAUUAUGUGCACAGUAUAAGCAAGGACAAAUGACAGUGUUAUUUCCUAUGUUUAGUAUAUCUUUGUUUCUACAUAUUUAUAGAAAACCUUUACCUGUUUGUUGUACAAAUUUUAAUUAUAUGUCUUUAAUCAGGAUUUGAUAUUCUAUUCAUUAGAAAAUUCAAGGGUAUUAAGAGAACUAGUUUGUUUUUUAAAAAAAAAGUUAUUUAUUCAUCUAUAAUUUUUCAAUUGGCUUCCCCUCUACCUGCAAUACUUCACCAAAACACUUGGUAUCAUCUAGUGAUAAUUAUCUAAAUUAGUUGUCCCCAUGACAUCAGCUCAGUACUCCCAUAUCCCCUGAUUAGCGCAGAUACCCACUUUGGGAUGAAAUGGAUUUGGUGAGCAAUCCUUUGUGAAGAAUAUUAAUAGUGCAGUUUAUUACCUUAUAAAGGAGAACACUCACACAGGUAACACAUACUAGAAAACAAGUAGUUCUAAUUAGUGUUGGAAUGCUUCAUAAAGUUCCUUUAUAGCGUUGCUUUUUCUAAUUUAUUAUCCAGGGCAGAGUUCAGAUUAAAUUUAAUUUAGUAAUGAACUUGUUACCAAAAGUUUUAACUUUACUACUUAGGUAGAUCUAAGUUAAAACUGGUCCAAGACUUAACAAACUGUUAAUGGAUGAUUCACCAUUAAAAUUUAACUGCUGUACCUCAUGGUGUUUCACUAAUAAAAAUUUAAAAAAUAAAUAAAUACAAAUAACAAUAGCAACAGCAACAAAAGAAUAAAAUUUAACUGCUACUGAAAUCGACUGCAGUGCCUAUUCUCAAGCACAUGAAAUGUUAAUCCGGUGGCUUGUAAAUAUUUUCCCAGCUUGCAAU